AUGAAAGUUCCUAAAGUAAUGCAGAAAAUUUCAUCUUGGUUUGAGGAUCAUUUACCAUUACGAAGAAGAAGAUCUUAUGCAAGGAGAAGUGAUUCAUCUAAAAAUAAUGGUUAUGGUAAAUCAUCAAAAUCAGCAACACCAGCAUAUAGAAUUUCACCAUCUUAUGACAUAUCUCAAUCAUGUUAUGGUGGUUAUCCUACAAAUUAUUCUUCUAAAACAAUAUGUAACAAUUAUAGUUGUUGUUGUCAUCAAGAUUUAAAUAAUAUAAAUAUUAGUGAUAGUUAUAGUUCACAACAAUAUGUUGAACAUCAUAAAAAUAUUCAACAACAAAAUGAAAAUAUAUAUGGAUGUAGAAUGACAACAAGUUUUGCUGAUAAAUUUUCAAAAAAAAUUGAUGAAAAAAAAUUAGAAGAUGAAGAUGAGUAUAUAUUAAGUCCAAUAUCAUUACCAAAAAAAAAUUAUUCAUAUAAUAGGUAUAUUUGUCCUACUUCAUCAAAUAAAAUAAUUAACCACUCAAUGAUACAUACUCCAUUAUCCUUAGGAUACUCAAACACUUUUAAUUCAACUGCCUCAUUUAGACAGAAUAUUCGUACAAAUCCAUGGAUUCAUAGACCUAGACCAACAAUUACAAAUACUAAUAAUAUGUUUAUAGUACCACAAUCAAGAAAUAAUCUCAAAAAUAUGAAUGGAAGUAUUGUAGCAGAAAAUGAAACAAAUAAAUUAUCAAAUUUAAAUAUAGUAAAAAAACCAAAUCUUGAAAUGUUAUAUGCUUCAAUGGAUAGAGGAGCAUCAUUACGUGUUAAAUCUUUAGAUGAGUCAACAUGCAGUUCUGGUUAUGGUUCACAAGAUAGCAGUCCUGAAAGUUCUGUUCACUCUCCUAACUGGCAACAAUCUUUAAAAAAAGAAAUAAAACAAAGUGAUAGUCAAACUUCUGGUCUUUUAACAGGAUCGGAAUCUGAAUUUACUUUAUAUGCUGCUACAAGAAUAAAACAAAUAUCUAAUAAUAUGGAUGGAAAAAAUACAUCCAAUUCUUCAUCUUUUGUUAAUUAUCCAUUAUGUAAUAAAGAUGAAAGUUUUACUUCUGGUAUAAGUAGUGGUUAUAGUGAUGAACCUAUUUACCAUGAACUUGAGAUUAUUAAACGUUUAUCAAUGCUUGAGGUAGAUGAAGAUUCAGAAGAAUUUGGAGGUUGUUGUAGUGAUACAGAACUCCUGAUGAUGGAUACAGCAUCAUCCUCAUCAUUUGAUUGUUCAUCACCAAUUUAUGCUGUCCCAUUUGAAGGUGACUCGACCCGUUCAUCGAAAAAUAAGUCAUUCUACGAUGAUGACGAACCUAUCUAUGCAGAUGUCGUAUCACUUAAACUUCCAUCUAAUAGGAGUACUCCAUCACCCCAACCAAUAAUUGAUGAAAAAGCUCAUCUUGAAACAGCAAAACAAAUAGCUGCUACAAGUAAGGCAGAAUUUGAAUUUUUGGAACAAUUAGAUAAACAGAUAGCAGACCUUCAACAACAAUCUGAAGCUAUGAGGAAGUUAGUUGAGGAAGCAAAAGAAAGAGAUGAAAUAAGGCAAAAAAAUAGACAAAUAUGUUUAAAAGAACUUUCUCAAUUAAAAAAUAUGAAAUGGAUAGUUAGAAAUAAUUUUGAACUUUGUUUAUAA